GCCGAAACAUCGAAAUAAGGGUUAUUUUUCGCGAGUAUAAAAACAAGUCAUCAGGAUCUUCCUAUACUUCACUCCAAAAUUUUUAGAGCAUCUCAACAGUUCAUACUAGCUCGCAUAACUAUGCGUUUCUCCUUCCUCACCGUUAUUGUUGCGCUGACAACAUCUAUGAUGUCUGUCAGUGCGUGUGGACUUUUCGGCGACAAAUGCACCGAGGACAAUGACUGCUGCACAACAAAGCCUAAGUUGUUGUACUGCGUUAAUGAUGUAAGUAGGAGCAGUUUGCUUUGCAUCACUUCACUUGAUGACUCAUCUUUUGGGCCUCGUAAUAUCAGAUAUGCUAUAGUCCUGGCUGAGGAGGCCGGUGAAUUUGCACGUAGCAACAUACUGGUGGGUUGUGUUUCUAUUUUCCUAUUGAUGCUGUUUUCAAUGGAAUAAUAUGCAGUUCGUUGCUGAUUGAGAAAUGGAUCCUAGCAAUGCCGCAAAGUGGAUGAAGUAUUUAUGCAC